UUCCCGACCAACAACAACAACAACAACCGUAGACAGCCGUUCGGUGUGACCAAGAGGUUUGCGUUGGCAUUCGAAAUAUUUCGCUAGGAGUUUUGAAACUAUGCCUUCGGUGCUGGAUCGAUCUCGGCAGAAAUGGUACCAUCGGCGUCCACUGUUGAGAACAGCAUAUUUCACGGACCUGCAAUACGGCAGCUACAUAGCUGGAAUCUGCUCCAUCGUUGAAAGUAUCUUCAUGAUCUUUCUGGCCGUCUUUGACGUCUACUGCCUUGCGGAGGCAUCUCCUGGCUCGACACAUUACCGAUACUUUGGGUUCAGCUUUUUAUUUGUGUACAGUGGCAACCAACAUGUUCGAAACCUGCUAAUUACUGUCUCUGUGAUCUCAUUCAUGAUGAGCGUUGCACUCUUGAUCACUUCUGUCAUGAUGGUGAUGGCUUUAAGAAAGGAGAAAGAGGCAAAGUUUCGUCCCUGGUUGUUCAUUAUGUUCGCAUUCACUGCGUGGAGAUUCUUUGCUAUUAUCUUCCGUUCUAUUUGCAAUGACUUGUACUUCUCGUACCAUCAGGCUGUCCUUAUCAUCUGGAUUCUUCUGAUUGCAGCGAAUGUAUUUGCUUGGCUUAUCGUGUAUUCUAAUUAUCAGGAGUUGACAGACAUCACAAGGCUUGAGGAUAUGGCGAAACUGAAGCUCGGAACUCUGAGCAGCCUCAAUGCAUCACGAUCUGUUUCUCAUCAUUCCAUUGACUCCAUGAAGAAUUCUCACAGCAUGACUCCACACAACAUCAGCUUCCAGUCCACAACUAGUGCCAAGGGCUCAUUGUCUACAGCAUCAGCAUAAGAGUGAACUGCUGGGCCUUUUCGUUCUCUGUGAAGUUGUAUUACGUGAAUAUAUGUUUAUUGGUUGCAUUUUACAAGCCACUAGUACCAGAUAUGCUGUGGUAUGGUCAUAGGAUAAGCUGGAGUGAAUGACCAGUUCUACAGACACUGUUUUUUUUUUUACAAAUGAGAGGCAGUUGUUUUUAUAUGUGGCAUCAGUAUGACAAGUGAACAAAGUUUGCUUUCUUGGACAAGAGUAAAACUAAACUGAAUCGUUUUACGGCACAGAGCACUCACAAUAGUUUGUAUAACUUUUUUAUAGUGAAGUUUGGCUUUAAAUCUUUAUUUUAUGGGAGUAUAUAUAGCCUUCAUAUACAAAGACAGUAAUCUAUUGCUUACUCUUUUGCCUUUCAGUAAGUGAUGUGUGCAGUUUCGCACUUUCUGAUGGUGCUAUGUCUUGAAAUAGCUUUGUAAGGUUUGUAGUUUUUUCAUGAGCUAUCGAAUCAGUUAAAGGGACAGUAAAGCGAAACACUAAAUCAGUUUAGACUAAUGAAGCAUUGUUUGAGAACCCUGCAGACAGUCAUUUAAAAAAAUAGUUUGAUUAUUAGAUGAGAAAAUGAAGGUCCAAUUAUCAGUAUUUGAAUUUCGCGCCGAAACCCCAGCGCCAGUACAUCAGCGAGACGUCAGGGAUUCCAAAGUAUGUUUUCACAUUUGGGCCGUGUUGGCUGAAUAAAGGUUCCCGAAACUUGCCACAUUGAAUAUUUGGUUCCUUUAAAACACCAUGUAGUCAAUCUAUACCGCUAUAUAUAAUUAGGAGGCCCUAGAAGAUGCCAUCAAAAUCCAAGACGUCACAGCUCCCAGGUGCGGGAACCGAAGUAGGCAUCGCCACCCUUAUUUCGUUUUUGCGCUUUUUCUGGCUUACCAAACGUCUUAUCGUUGGAAGAAUAGUGUUUUUGGUGUUGUAGAAUGGUAAUUUACUGAUGCAGAAGAAGUCAUUUUUCACUUUAGUGUCCCUUUAAGCAUGUUGUUCACAGUGAGAUGACAUUUUCUUGUAAACUUUAUCUAUACUACACUUUCAUCAUCAUACUGAAGUGCACUAAAAAACGAUUUUGAUCUGAACACGCUAUGUACCUGUGGGACAGCACUUUGUGAAUAGCAGUAAUUGUGAGUAAAUUAUACAUAAACGAUUUGAUCUUAAAAGUCCAGAGUUCUACUGCCCUGUGCUCUGGUUUCUACCUCAUAUGUCUAAAACAAAUUGUUUCAGCCAAUUUUUGAAUACCAACAUAGCUGUCCAGAAGUGUUGUGGCACGUUUGGUGUGACAACAUUAAACUGAUUUUCAAGUCAUUGAGGUGAACACGCACACAUAAUAGAAGGCUGUGUCUAUACAAUCCUUAAUCACAAUAGACUGUGUAAGAUUUUGUCUUAUGUUUUCAGAGACUUCUUAAAUAAUCAAAUUAGAUGCUGUCAUUCAAAUAGUAGCUUGUAAAGGGUGACCGUACAUUGACUUGUUUGUUUGUAUUGUAUGGCAUUUAAUGGCUUUGUCUGCACUGGCCUGCAUUUUAGCAUCUUUGUUUUCUUAGGGCAACACCCACCUGUGGAGUAAGAAUCUCUAGUGCUUCUUUGAAAUUGGGCAUACUGAGGCUCUUUCCAUACCUGUUGUAAUGUACUACGAAUGUUUUUUGUGAUGUGUAUUCCAGCCAAACAACUAGGAACAUCAAAAUUCUGAAUGCACUUUCUUCCUUUGAGCAAUUCACCAAAGUGUGGUCCUUUAUGUAAUACCGCAUUUACUUUUUUCUAAAGCACAACCGUUUUCCGUGACCUACAAGAAGAAAAGUCCUUUACAGUACUGCGCACCUCCUUAUUUCAUACAGAAAUGCAACUUUCUCUCAUUUGGAAAAACAAAGAUUUACUCCCAAUUCACUAAAGUUUCGAUUAAUAAAAGAAGUCACUGUUUUGCCCGAAAGGUGAAACAUCGAUUGCAUAGCAAAUUAGUAGGCAGCUAUACAAAAAGUAAGGAUAGUAGUUUUAUCGACCGUAUAAACUUUCAAACAUUCGGUUCCUAACUAAAUUAACAAGCAUGGUGUCACACGUGCACAAGCAAACAUGAACACACCCUACUCAAUGACUGUGUAAACUUUUCAUGAGAAUGCUGUAGUGAGGAGGUGCGGUAGCAGAAGCGAACGAAUUGACCUUUGUGCAGCCUCUCACUUCAAUGUGAACUAAGUGACGAGAACACAGCGCAGUGCGCCUAGAUGCGUAGACUGUCUCCAGAGCUCAGGUCUCCUUUGAGAUAGGGGCCGCGCCUACGCAGCAGCCACCGGAGUAGAAUGCCUCCGGUUUGCGCCAGUCCUGCACGCAAGUUUCGGGAACUCCGAACACCCGUCUCUGCGCACGUGAUCACUUUCUGUUUAAUUGCGGCAUCGUUAUGAACACUCAGCGUGUCUUUGCAGUCAGCACUUCCAUUCUGAUAGAACACACGCAGAAAACGGGAAGACGUACGGUGGAGUAACGUAACCAUAUGUACUACAGCACGUGGAGCAAGGUACGGCAGAUAGGCUUGAAACGCUUACAAGGCGAUCAUAUUGGAAUGCCGAUGGCGAUAUGGAAACACAGAUUUAAGGUCAUACUAGAUUAUAACGCGUAUGAAAUUUUUUUACCCAUUUUAUUGGGAAAAAGUGUGAGUUAGAUUCAAGCAAAUAUGGUAGAUCUUCAUAUUCUGGCUUGUGACUUUCAAUCUGUCACAUUUAGUGUAGUUAACAGAACCUAGUUCAACAUAAGUACGUGAACAUUGCAAGGUGUGCAAAGGCAACUGCUUUGCAACAGACAUGUAAAAGUGGCUUGAGGUUGUGUAGCAAGUGGUCUUGUUUCUUUUACAACCACAUUAUCAACACUAUUUUACUCUCACAUUUGGUUUCUCUAAACUGCUUUGCUUAUUGAAAAGUGGCUCCCAUGAAGAAUAGAUGGCACAUUUUCAGGAACUUCAAUCAGUAAUUAUAGGCGACUUCCGUUUUAAAAUGUUAAAUUAUCAAUAUCUUGCAUACUUUGAUAUGCACUUGUGACAUCCCAGAUUUUCUCAUUUGUUGUGGAAACCCAAGGUUUGUAAUACUUCGAAAAGCUGUAAUAUGUUUCCUUUUUGGUUGUUUACCUGUAAGCAUCCAUUGUGUAUGGGUUGUUAUGAAUGGACUCAUUUGGCUUCUUUGAUACUUUGAGAUUGAUUUUGCACAUCUGCAAGUGUGGUAGCUUAGGUAUGAAAUCGGAUUCUUCUGUGGGUUUUAAGGAAGCAUGACACAUUUCAAUUACGGUUUGCACAACCAAGACUUUCUGGUAGUGUAAUGAUGCAAAGCUGCAUUUGGAUUUUGUGCUGUAGGCAGCCCAUGAACCAGAAUGAAUAUCAUUGCAAAUUUAAUCAUAUUUCAAGGCUUUUUAUUGUGAUAGAAAUUAUAAGGACACUCAAGGUGCAUUUCUGCUGUCGCCGUGAGGUUCCAUAUAAAAUCCAAGGGCAACAAAAUAGUUGCCGCGUGUCGUAUGCUGUUUGUGCGAGUGAAAGCAUGCGAGGCUGGAGCUGGCGAUUGUAGCUCAAUCUCGCGCACGCAAGCGAGGAAAGCGGAGAGGAAGUGUGCCAUCUUCCGUUACGCGCAAGGCUCCGGGGCUGGUGAGCGGGUGGGGGGGCGCAUUCUACUCCGGACAGCCUGGGCAUGUGCGUGGCCGUCCAUGUCUCUGUAUCUUGAAAGCCAUCUGUGAUGGGGACAGAGUUCACUGCAUGCUGCGUUUUUACAGCUUAGUUCGUGUUGAUGCGAGAUGCCGCACAAAGGUAAAUUCGCUCGCUGCUGCUGCCGCGCUUCCUCAUGACCAGCGAGCUUCCGCGGUCAUUGAGUGAGAUGUUACUUUAUUUAGUAUGCCUAUGCUUACAAGUUCAUAUGGCCGAUAAAACUGCUAUCCUUAUUUCGUAUAGCUACCUGUCCACUAAUUUGUUGUCACAAUCGAUGCUUGACCUCUCGGGCGAAACAGCGACUUUUUGAUAACAUUGCUGCACUUCACUAGAGUUUGUGAACUGUCAUUUCAUGUUCCUGUGUUUUUCUAAGUUCAGUAGCUCUUUUAAAUAUCUUGUAAUGGUUUGUACUGUAAUCUAUGGACUAUAGUCUGCUCCCGGUGUAUACUUCCGAAGAGUCUAACUCUGAUCAAAAGCAAUCUUUUUUUAGAUUGGCCACACCCCGGUAGAUAAUCCAUGUUGCUCCCAAAAUCGGCUGAGUAUAUUACCCGCAACAUAUAGAGCUCUUCAGGUAACUGCUAAUGGAAAGUAGUGUUAUGCGCCAAUAAUUACCCUCAGGGCCAAAUUAUAAAACCUUCCUUUCCUCUGGACACUUCUUAACCUUAUGUGAGGGGCACUUCAUGCCUCCUUACCAUGAAGCAUGCAUGGAAGAAGCAGGUGUUUUCUGAAUGCUACCUUUAACCAUCUUCACGAAAGGAGCCCUUUCGUUUGGUAACGAAUCCUUCGCUGAGGGCACCUGACUAAGGAAGCUUUCAGAAUUGACGUUCUGUAACUUAAUUACAAUGGAGACUUCUUUAGUGAGGUUAGGAACAUAUAAAAAUUUGGCCCACUGUCUUUAUCAGCUUUUCCUUCACCAGACAUAAUACUAUCAUUCUUUAGCACUGUCCAACAUUGUCAUAACACUAGAAAUUUCUCCUUUUUUUCUAAUUUUUUUUGUAGAGGGGGUUCUACAGCAUGUUUAAUGAAAAGUGUAGAAUUUAACUGUUAAUAAAAGGCAUAUCCUCACAAAUCAUUUCCAACAGAAAACGUUGGAAGGAGCUUGCAUUAAUGAAAUUGUCAGCAAAAAGUGCUGCCACUAAUGCACCCUUCUGACCUUCCCCUUCUUUUCAUCAUUCCUACUGCACUCAAUGUUAUGCACCACACCCACAUGGAACGAUGCUGCCAACAUGAUCAACAGUGGUGAUCUGUCCACCGUUACUUUUGUAUUGAUGUCGCCUUCAGAUCUAUAUAUCAAGCUGAGAUGUGUAGCUUCAGGCUACAAAUCUUUGGGGCCAUUGUAUUGUGCAAUGGUAUGAUUUUUUACCACCAGAUCUGGCCGCUGCUUGUCAGUUAUAACAUUUCUCCAAUUCGGUUUUGCUUUUUCUGGUGACAUUUUCUACCCAUGGCGUUUCAACAAAUCUGCCCCAUAGCCAUCGUGUUGCCAGGGGUUUUGAAAAGCUGAAAUGGGAGGCAGCCGUUUAAUGAAAUUGUGGACUCUCAGGUGGAUUCACAGAAAUAUUUAGCUCAGAUGCUCAUGAUAGUAAUACAUAGCGACUGUGCAAGUUUAUUUAUCGUGUUCGAAACACGUUGCAUGAUCCCUUUAAAUUUUGUGACAUUCCAAACCACAUUGACAACUUUUUGAUGUGCCUUAUACUUUUAAUUUGUUGCAUUGUUUUGAUUCAUUUUGGUGGAUGCCUUUAUGAACAUUAAGCUGGCAUGUGUAAUUAGUUUUUAUGAAUUGUUAUUUUUGGCACAGAGAUGUUCAAGCAAGAUUGUUGGGGACUUUGAUCACAUGUACAAACUAUGUUAUAAUGCUGCUUAAUAUGCAGUUCUUUAUUUUCUUGCUGAACAUUGUAUCACAGUCAUUUGAUUUUAUGCCAAUUGUUUUAUGCAUUCUGGGUCCAUCUUUCACUUAGUACUUCACUGCAAGCAAUCAUGUUUUAAGAAUGUGCUGAUAUAUUUUGCUUAAAACAGAUGACACUACGAGUGGCCACAUUGUGCAGCUCUUUCUCUACAUGCUUGUUGGCCACCAAAGUCUGUUUUCCGUCCAUAUUUACUGUUUACACUUGAGCACCACAACCCUUGAGAAGAGCACUGUUGCUUGGAUUGUUAAAAGUAAAUAGCAUAAAGAAAUGUAUUUUUACACGUUCACCCUGUUUGUGAAUAAACAUACACAAUUUUA